AUGGGCUGGUCCUCUCCGGAUAGCUGGGCUACCAGACUCUUGUCCGGCCAUCCUGUUGCCAUCUUCAUCGCAUUCCUGGUGACGAUAACCCUCCCACUGCUCGUCCACCUGUAUCUCUACACUCAAACUGCCCGUGCCAAAGUCGUACCAAAUUUUCUUCUUCUUGGUCCCAGCGGUGCAGGCAAGACCUCUCUCGUUUCUCUGCUACAAAAGCGAUCCUCUAACCUAGAAGGACCCCAGGCAGAGGCAGCCCUCACCCGCAUUUCUCAGGUCUCCUCCUCCGUCAGCUUACGACUUCCACCCUCGAUCCCCUUAGGGUCCAAUAAGUACCGUUCCGAAAACGAUGUCAGCUUGAAAGACAAGCAAUCGACUCCAUAUGUAAUGAUCGAUACCCCCGGUCAUGGCAAAUUGAGGUCGGAUUUGGCCUUGUCACAAAUUCAAAAUCCCGCCCUCCGCGGCGUCAUAUUCGUGGUCGACUCAAGCGUGCUGGACACCAGCGACUCUUCGGCCUCUCGUGACACUGCCGUGUACCUCCACGAUACAUUGCUGGCCCUGCAGAGGCGAAAAACCCGUGGGAAAACCAAGACUGAAAUACCCGUCCUUAUCGCAGCGAACAAGCAGGACCUGUUCACCGCUUUGCCGACAGGUGCAGUCAGGGAACGACUACAGGCUGAGAUUGAAAGAGUGCGUGUCUCAAGAAGCAAAGGGCUGGGUACUGUGGGCCAAGACACAGAUGCCGAUGCGGAGGAAGACAUCUUAGGAGGCGGCGGCGAAGACAAGUUCAGUUUCGAGUUGAUGGCGCAAGAGUAUGACAUCAAGAUCGAUGUGUUAGGAGGAGCGGUCAAAGGUGAAGAGGCGGGCAAAGGAGUGAGGAGGUGGGAGGAGUGGAUAGGCGGUUGUCUUUAA